AUGGGAGACUGGUCCAUUCUUGGCCGCUUCCUAACGGAGGUGCAGAACCACUCAACCGUCAUCGGUAAGAUCUGGCUAACGGUGCUGUUGAUCUUCCGCAUCCUGCUGGUGGCGCUGGUGGGCGACGCCGUGUACAGCGACGAGCAGUCCAAGUUCAUCUGCAACACACUCCAGCCCGGUUGCAACAACGUCUGCUACGACACCUUCGCCCCCGUCUCGCAUCUCCGCUUCUGGGUCUUCCAGAUCGUCCUCGUCUCCACGCCGUCCAUCUUCUACAUAGUCUAUGUGCUGCACAAGAUUGCCAAAGACGAGAAGCUGGAGGUGGAGAAGGUGCCGGCGAUAGCCAGGUGUCCGCCCUCGGAGGAUCUCUCGGCACAGGGGAAACUGGAGGAAGAAGACGCCUUAGACUCCAGCGCACCUCCCUUUGGUUCUGCCUCCGAGGAGGAGGCUUGGGGUCCUCCGGUGGUUGAGAGCGUGGAGCAGAGCCUGCUGGAGGAGGGGGUUCGGGUGGUGAGGAAGGACCCCACCCAGCUCUCCAACCAGGUGCUGCUGAUCUACGUGGUUCACGUGGUGCUGAGCUCCAUCAUGGAGAUCACCUUCCUGGUGGGUCAGUAUUACCUGUUUGGCUUCGAGGUGCCACAACUCUUUCGGUGCGAGACGUACCCCUGCCCAAAUCGAACUGACUGCUUCGUCUCGCGCGCCACGGAGAAGACCAUCUUCCUCAACUUCAUGUUCAGCAUCAGCCUGGGCUGCUUCAUCCUCAACAUCGUGGAGCUCCACUACCUGGGCUGGAUCUACAUCUUCCGCGUGCUGUGCUCCGCCUGCUCCACCUGCUGCACGCCUCACAGGAGCCCGCUGGAGCGUCUGGGCUUCUACUACGACCACAACCCCCUCCUGCUGCAGCUGAAGCACUCUCUCCAGAGCAGGGUGGUCCUGCAGGCCCCGUCCUCCAUGGUGCAAGAGAGGACCUGCAGUGUGCCUGCCUACACCCCUGCCAUCUCCUUCGAGACGGAUUCCACGCUGCAGUGUACGUCCAGGAGGAGCCUGGACGAUAGGGAGCACAGCAAGGUCAAACUGGCUAAAUUAGGCAGGGGUGAAAAAUCCUGGUUGUAA